AUGGUCAACCCGCUUGCCCUCGCGGCCACUCUCGCGCUGCCAGCUGUCUCCAUGGCUGCAGCAGUUCCCACCGAGGAUCUCAGCUCGGACCGCAUUAUCGGCGGACAGCCAGCACGCCCGGGUCAAUUCCCAGCCACGCUGACCAUUCUCAGAAACGGUAGACACUAUUGUGGCGCUACUUUGGUUGGCCGUCAUUUGGCUGUCACGGCAGCUCACUGUCUUGAUGAAGGCUACUCUGGCAUGUCUGUUCGCGCCGGAUCUAUUUAUCCGACUUCCGGCGGGGUGGAGUCUCGAGUUCGAAGCGUUCGCCAGCACCCAAAUUACAGGGCACACCUCAAGAAUCAUGACUUCGAUAUUGCCCUGUUGUACUUGCAGGACCCUAUUGACGCAGGCGGCAACAUCGCCUACGCCCCUUUGCCAUCACCGGGAAGUGACCCUUCCGGCAGGGGAACAGCAGCAGGCUGGUACGUUCAUACACAUUCCGUCUUGGCGCAGAUUCCUCUACCCGGAAUUUAUCUAGCGAGCUUCAUGCUAAGUCUUUCUUUUUUUUUCGAAACAAACAGGGGACAUACUGCUUGGCAGGGCCAAAACUCCGAUGUCUUGCGCCACGUCACGGUCCCCAUCACCAAUCGCCAGACGUGCAGAGCCAAACAUUCUUCCCUCGGACUCGAGAUCACAAACAACAUGGUCUGUGCUGGUGGACAGGGCAAGGACGCCUGCCAAAAUGACAGCGGCGGUCCAUUCUACCAGACUGGAAGCAAUACUUUGAUUGGAGUUGUGUCGUUCGGAGAGAAAUGCGCCACCGAGUAUGGAGGAGUGUACGCGAGAGUUUCGAACUUCGUCGAUUGGAUCAAACAGAACGCGUAG